UGCGCACUGCCAGGGGCAGCUGAGGGCGAAGGGGCUCAGCCAUGGCGGCCUCCAUGAUCUGCAGCCGGGUGUCGGCCGGCCUGAGGGGCAGCGGUCUCCGCGCUGCGCUGGGCACUGCCGCGGCGAAGGUGCUUGGUGGGAGUCCAGGAAUCCUCAGCCAUCAUGGAUUGCAAGUGCAGCACCAGCAGCAGAGGAGGCUGUCGCUACACGAAUACUUGAGCAUGGGACUGUUGAAGGAGGCUGGCAUUUCUGUCCCACAUGGGCUAGUUGCCAAGACACCAGAGGAAGCUUACAAAAUAGCAAAAGAAAUAGGUUCAAAGGACCUGGUGGUGAAAGCACAGGUUUUAGCUGGUGGAAGAGGAAAAGGAACCUUUGAAGGUGGCCUGAAAGGAGGAGUCAAAAUAGUUUACUCUCCAGAAGAAGCCAAAGAGAUCUCCUCCAGAAUGAUUGGGAAGAAGCUGUUUACCAAGCAGACUGGAGAGAAGGGCAGGAUAUGCAAUCAGGUGUUCAUCUGUGAGCGCAGAUAUCCCAGGAGGGAAUACUACUUUGCAAUAACCAUGGAGAGGUCUUUCCAAGGCCCUGUGCUGAUUGGCAGUUCCCAGGGCGGUGUCAACAUCGAAGACGUUGCUGCAGAGAAUCCAGAUGCCAUAAUUAAGGAGCCCAUUGACAUUGUAGAGGGCAUAAAAAAGGAGCAAGCUGUCAGGCUUGCCCAAAAAAUGGGAUUUCCUCCUAAUCUGGUGGAUGAAGCAGCAGAAAAUAUGAUCAAACUGUAUAAUCUCUUUCUGAAGUAUGAUGCCACCAUGAUAGAAAUCAAUCCUAUGGUGGAGGAUGCCUCAGGAGUAGUGAUGUGUAUGGAUGCAAAGAUAAACUUUGACAGCAAUUCCGCCUAUCGUCAGAAGAAGAUCUUUGAUUUGCAGGACUGGACACAGGAAGAUCAGAGGGACAGGGAUGCUGCAAAAUCAGAUCUCAACUAUAUAGGGUUGGAUGGAAACAUAGGAUGCUUAGUCAAUGGUGCUGGUUUAGCCAUGGCCACAAUGGAUAUAAUCAAACUCCACGGCGGGACUCCAGCAAACUUCCUUGAUGUUGGUGGUGGUGCUACAGUGCAGCAAGUGACAGAAGCCUUUAAGCUCAUUACCUCUGAUAAAAAGGUCCUGGCUAUUCUGGUGAAUAUUUUUGGUGGCAUCAUGCGCUGCGAUGUGAUAGCGCAAGGCAUUGUCACGGCAGUGCAGGACUUGGAGCUGAAAAUCCCCAUUGUGGUACGGUUGCAAGGUACACGAGUUGAUGAUGCCAAAGCUUUAAUCACAGCUAGUAGCCUCAAAAUUCUUGCUUGUGAUGACUUGGAUGAAGCUGCAAAAAUGGUGGUGAAGCUCUCCGAAAUCGUAAGCUUAGCCAAGCAAGCUCAGGUGGAUGUCAAAUUUCAGUUGCCCAUUUGAUCUGAGAGGUGUGAGGCCAGCACC